CGAAACUUGCCUGGAAUCGAAACAUUUGCUGUAAUAUACCACAUAAGACAAUGACGAUGAUCAUGGACAUCAUUUCACAUACUUAAGUGUUUGGUGAAUAGCACUGCACAAUGACUGCAUACAAAUAUUUAACUUUAUGGUUACAGUUUCCAAACGAACUUACAUGACGUUUGAUUCUAUAGUUAUGUGUCAAACAAAACGCCAAAUGUCAACAAUCUACUAUUCAGAUUUGGUUGGUGUUAGUGUUUGGGAUAGCAAAUUAUCAGUUUGUGUAUUUAUUAGCUUUCCAAAUCAAAAAAUGUCUUCACCACUAGAAAACUUGGAGACCCAACUUGAAAUGUUCAUCGAAAACGUGCGGCAAAUUCGCAUCAUCGUUAGCGAUUUCCAGCCGCAAGGGCAAAGUGUCCUGAAUCAGAAGAUACAGUCUCUGGUCACUGGCUUGCAGGAGGUGGAUAAACUGAAAUCUCAAGUGCAUGAUAUUCAUGUUCCCACAGAGGUGUUUGACUACAUUGACCAAGGUCGCAACCCUCAACUGUACACUAAAGACUGCAUAGACAAGGCUUUGGCUAAGAAUGAAGAGGUUAAAGGAAAGAUUGACUCAUACAAGCGGUUCAAGAGUCAUCUUCUGUCCGAGCUCUCCAAAACAUUUCCCAAUGAAAUAGCUAAAUAUAAAGCUAUUAGGGGUGGGGAAUAGAUACUAAGUGUAAUUUAGUUUUAGUUUUUUAGUUAAUUGUAAGUUUUGUAACUAUCUUCAUGGGCCAAUGAUGUAGUGUUGUAAGAUGUCAACUAUCCUGAAAAUACAAUUUUCGAUUAGUAUUUUUGUGCCCAUUACAUACUUCCGCGUAAGCAGUGAACAGCAUAUUUUUUUGAAUAAAAGACUUUUCAAAA